ACCACAUUGUAUCAUUGUUCGAUAGAAAGUCGGUGGAAUCCUCUGGGAUACAACGUUGAGUGUUUGAAUGAUUUCUUAAUGAAGACACAACUUGGGAAAGGAUGUUAUAACAAUUCUUCCAGAUUAAUCAUUUGAUUCAGGCAAGUGCAGACGGGAGACUUCGUAAAGACAAAAUGCCAGGAAAACGGUUUUCUGUGAUUUUUGUAUUUUUGAUCUCGUUGCUAGCCGUUGGUUUUGUUAGCGUCCAACCCAUUAAAAAUGAACAAUGUGAGUAUGAUAUGGACCUGGUGAAAAAUACGAUGAAGGUUGUGUGUAAGGGCGACUCGGCCAGAGUCAACAUAAUAGCCCACAACGCCGUGGUCAGUCAGCCUUCCAGCAGAUACGAAUCUUCCGGCGAGAUGCCCCCAGUGAACACCCAGGACUGGAUGCCGUAUGGGGACAUGAACACCAUGAAUAGCAUCCCAUUGUCGAACACCGUGAAAAAUUCCACAAAACAUAUAGAAUUGCUUAAACAGCGUCUUUCGAUGCACUCCAGCGCCAUGUUCAACAUCACUACCCUGCUGACGGAGGGCGAUGAAGGUUUGACGUCAGAUCUGAAAAAGCUCCGACGAUUGGCCCCGAACAAAGAAGCCUUAAAAGAAGGGAUGUUGGCGGCCAUUAGGAAUCAGUACAACUUCAUGAGGACGGCCAUUUUGACACAGAACGCAGAAUUGUCGAAGCUUAUUUCUUCUCUGAACAGUUUGUUGGAUAUAACAUCAAAGGCCAUGCGUGGUGCUGCUAAGGCUGAUGAUGAUAUCGUUGAACAGAUUGGAUACGUUAACAAGACGAUGAUCACCAUGAGAAGAAUGAUGUCCAAGGAACUCAAGAAACAAAGACACAGGCCUUCAAAUAACCAAGGUAACUGCCCAUUAGAGAUAGCAGCUAUUGGUAACGGUCAUGCUAUGGAUGUCCGAGUUAAAAAGGGAACCAUAAUGAGAGAUGGUGGUGCUAUUAGCGACAAGCUAUGGAUCAUGGAAGGCGGAAGAUCGUCGGAUCAACUUAUAGAAUACGAUUCGGAAAUUGACCAAGAAUAUCAACUUUUUUCCAAAGCUCAUACGUUGCCGUUUAGAUGCGAGGGGACGGGUCAUGUGAUGUAUAUGGCCCAUCUCAUAUGUCAGAAAGCCGACUCCAACACUAUUGUCAAAUAUGAUAUGGAUAAAAUGCUCAUCGUCGCGGAAGUAAGUUUAGGGACAGCGGGAGUCCAGGGAACGUAUCCUUAUCAAUUUGGGGGAUAUAGUGACAUCGAUUUAGCCGUGGACGAGUUGGGCUUGUGGGUUGUGUACGCCAUGCCAGAUUCCGCGGGAAAGAUGAUGAUUAGUAAGCUUAAUGCUGAUAACCUGAUGAUCGAGAAGACCUGGAUGACCAGAUAUCCCAAAGCCAUGGUCGGUAACACCUUCAUGAUCUGCGGUGUCCUCUACGGCACCAACUCCUACAAAGACUCGCCGACCUUUAUCAAGUACCGCUACGACACCGAAACAGGUCGAGAUAAAAUUCUCAAGGAUGGCAAGCUGCAGUUUGCGAAUGGCGUGAGACAGAAAUCCCCGAACACCGUAAUGCUGGACUAUAAUCCUGGUGAUCGAAGACUCUAUGCUUGGAAUAAUGGCAAAGGCGAACUCUAUCCCGUUUUCUUCCGGGAAAUACCAUAGAGAUAUGGCUAAAUCUAUUUGUUAAGGCCAGCUCAAUUUUUGUCAAGGUCGUUGAGAUGUAAUUAAGGUUAGAACACGUGAUCGUUGGCGAGAUUGUAGGUUAGGGUUAGAAUAAGCAUUGGGCUAGGUCCAGGGUUAGGGUUGGGAUUAGUGCUAGCCGUGUUUACAUCUCGUGACCUAUGACGAACGAUUGAGCUGGCCUUAUCAUUAAGCACUAACCAUAGAGAUAUAAAUGUAUUUAGAACAUUUGAAGGAUGUCGCUCUUCGAUAUUUAUAUAGGCGGAUAAUACAGAAUGGUUCAUUUUGACGAAAGUGUGCAAGAACUUCACAAAAAUAUCCAACAUGGAUAGGCCUACAAUUUUCUUAAAGGGACAAUAACACUCUUGCUGGCUUGAAAGCUCCAGAAAAAAAAUAAUAUCAUUAUUUAAGUACUAGAUGUUUAAGUGUCCUACCUGUUGUGUAAAUUAUCCAUUACAUCCUAUUUUACUUGUCCAGAGGGUUCGAAAAUAUUUUUAAAUCGAAGUUUCAUUUGAAAAGGUUUACGUUAGACGUUUCAAACCAUUAUGUUGAAUUUUUCAAAAUUUUUAAAUAAGGUGUGUUAAGAUGAAAUUUGUAUCAUCAAUUAAUUGAAAUAUUCUAAAAUAGUACAAUUUGUUGACCAGAAUAAAGAUUAGGACAUAUUAUUCAGUUACGACAAGAGUGGUAUUGAGCCUUUAACUUAAUCAGUCCGAAUCCCCUGGCCCCAAGUUCAGAAAACAUUCUCAGACUUAAGUUAAGAAUUUACUCAAAAUUGUUUGUCUUAUUUUAACGGAAUAUACUCCUUUAUAAAACUUUUUUGUUUUAAUGUAUCAAAUACAUCAAUAAGAAACUAUGUGCACAUUUUUUUGUUUCUGGGUCAAAGAUAUUUCUCAUAAACGGUGAUUGAAAUUUGAGUAAAUUCUUAACUUAAGUCAGAGAAUGGUCUGUUAACUCCGGGUCAGAUCGAUCUAUUCAAAGCAAAGUUAGAAUAUAUUCUCGAUUGUCAAGUACUGCUUUCAGAGUGUGUGUUCGUGACGUUAUACUAGAUUUUUUCGCACGUGAUUGAUUGAUUUGAAUUUGUCAAUUAGAUGUUCUAUCCACUUAUAUCGACGCCAUUGGUGUUUUCAAUAUGCUUUACUAUAAUACAAGUCAAACUUUUUAAAAUCAUAUUGUGUCUAUAGGUAAUAAAAUUCUGUCAUCGGUCUGUUAGCUGAAUAUCGGUGUUAUUGAAAAGUCCGCGUAUAAAAUAAAUGUAUGUGACUAUUCACUUAAGGUUAUGCAUUGUACACACGGAGAACUACGAUCGUAACUACUCUACUCUCUGUCCUAGAUGGCCGCCAUAUCCAACAAUCAAUAUACUGUUUUGUAAUUCGGUCCUAAUCCAGUUAAUAUACACUAAAACCUUUUCAAUUUUAUUAAAUGAAAACAGAAUAAAAAUUCUCAAAAUACGUUGAUUAAGGACUUAAAAUGUCGGUCAACUAGUUUAGUAUAUCGCAUAAAACCAUUUUAUUGAACAUGCAGAUAGUUAAAGACGUAUUAUGUGAGAGCUCAAUUUGUCUAUUGUAAGAUGCUUUUCUGUAUAUUAUUUAGACAUUUGUUAACGUGAUACGUCCAUAAUCAACUCUCUAGACCUUUUGGUGGCUUUAAUAUUGAGUGGUUUAUCAAUAUCUGCGUUAAACACUUAUGUGAGCGGCCCAGCCCGCAAUUGUCCGAAAAUGUGUGACUGCACUCACUUUGACUGCCUUUCUAUUCUUAUAUAUUAAAAGUCAUAUUUCUAUUAAAAUUAAUACAAAUUUAAUUACAUCCGCUGGCCUAACCGCGAAAUAUAUUCGCUCAGAAUAAAGCGAUUUGACUCAAAUUUUCAAUAUAUUCAUUUUUCAUUAUCUAUAUAUGAACUAUUAUAUAGCAUGAAUGACCAGCUCUUUAUCUAAAUAUCGAAUCUGUAAACUAGUUAUAAUCGUUUCGUCUACUGGUAUUUCACUUUGAUUCUGUUAAAUCUGUAUGUUAGAAGUUUAUAUGUAGUCGGAAAUUUGUAAUAAAGUUUUAUUACUUAA